AUGGAGGAUUGCUUCAUGUUACCUCCGAUCAAACAAACGGAGCACAAAAGGCGUAUAACAAUGGAGGUUUCGGCAAUGCCAGAGAAGUUUUCUGACCAAGAAGAGUUACCAUUCCCAAAACUUAUAAGGAUAUCAAUGAUUGAUCCCUAUGCAACUGAUUCGUCAGGAGAUGAAGAUGACGACCAUUUUGGACGGUGGCGUGUGAAGAAGUAUGUUAAUGAAAUUAGCAUACAUCUGUCAUGCGAAGCUACAAUGAUGCCUUUCAAUGGGAAUAUGACAACACCCAGAAACAACUCAUCUGCUGUAGAAUCGAAACAGAAAGCUAUGGUAUAUGAUAAUGCUGCCAUUAAACUAUGUUGUCCUGGUGCUGUUACAAAUUUUGUUAUGCCAACGGUUUUGGAAAACCCACCACCAACGAAUGUUACAUCAAUGUCCGACCAUCAUCCCAACCGAAAGUCGCUCAAGCUUCCACUUGCGGAUGCACCACCUUUGGCUUACCAAUCAUUUGAUUCAAUACAACUUGGUGAUGAAGUUGCAUCUUUUAACAUGCAUCAUGAUUUCGGGUCUAUAAACUCGAACCAAUUUGAUGAUUUUGGUAUAACCCGUAUAGCUCAUAACUUCAUUCCUGAGAUUGGACGUGGAUCUCCCUCAACUUUAAAAAUAGAUAACUACUUCGAAGAUAUUUCAGAUAGUACUUUAGAUUCAUGGUUUUCCUAA